AUGUCCGAGCAAAAGGCAAGAGUCCUCAUCGUCGGCACCGGUGGUGUCGGUACUAUGUCAGCCUAUGCGCUCGAGCAGGGUGGCAAAGCCGAGGUCACAGCCGUUAUGAGAUCCAACUACGAAGCUGUGAAGGCGAACGGCGUGAACAUCGAUUCCGUGCAAUAUGGCAAUGGUAUUAAAUUCCGACCUACCAACAUCUGCAAAACCAUCCCCGAUGUCGUCAAGGAGAAUCUCCCACCAUUCGAUUUCAUCCUUGUAACAACCAAGAAUAUCCCCGACGUCUCGCCAACCGUCGCCGACAUCAUCGCACCCGCAGUGACCCCAGGUAAAACCGCCAUUGUUCUCUCCCAGAACGGCAUCAACAUCGAGAAGCCCAUCAUCCCCCGCUUCCCCACCAACCCAAUCAUCAGCAGCGUCUCCUUCAUCGGCGCAACCACACGCUCACACUGCGAUAUCCUACACGACGACCCAGACGACCAGAAGAUCGGCCCCUUUUCUAGCCCGGAAGUCCCAGCCCAGGUCGCCGAGGACGCGGCCAAGCGCUACAUUAAUAUAUACAAUCCGCACGGCAAGCUCGAUCUGAUCUACGAUGCGGACGUCCGUCGCUGCCGCUGGCGCAAGCUACUUUACAACGCCUCCUACAACCCCGUGUCUACGAUAUUGCGCAUGGAUACACCACGCAUGCGAAUGAGCGCACAUGUCAUUGACGACCUUAUCCGCCCUAUCAUGAAGGAGAUUCUGGCUGUUGCUCGUGCUGACGGGGUCUCCGACUUCCCUGAUGAGUUGGUUGAGAAUGUUAUUCGUGGCGAUCCUCUGGACACGGCAUUCAAGCCAUCCAUGUGUCAGGAUAUUGAGAAAGGGAAUCUGUUUGAGGUUGAGAAUAUUGUUGGUGAGCCGUUGCGGGAGGGUGAGGCUAAGGGUGUUCCUAUGCCUACUCUUCGUACGGUCUAUGGUAUACUCAAGGGUUUGCAACUUCAGGUUAAGGAGAGUAAGGGCUUGUGGGAGCCUAAGUUCACUGCCGAUAACCCAUACCAAUAA